AGUACUUCAAUCGUCUGUGGGCUGGCAGCUCGCUCGGUAGAUCCAAAUUUGUGUUUUCUUUCCGCUUCUGAUUUCGUAAAAGGAAAUGUGCCAAGUAUUGUUUCGUUGCUGAGAGUAGGUAGGACAAUGCGAUGUUUGCGCAGAUACUUCGUGAAUAAAUUAGUGUUGUGCGGAUUGCGUAGAGGACCGGCAGCCAAGCAGGGCAAGCACUGGAGCAGCUAUCUCAUCAAGGGGGGCAGUAGUUUGAUGGGCACAGCUGCCAUUGGCAAGACCUCGAAGGACAUUUACGCAACAAUCAAGGGCGGCUCGAAGGAACCAAUGGAUCUACCGGAGUGCGUGCUCGUUGGCUUCGGCAAUCCGCUGCUGGACAUCACCACCACCGUGGAGGACACUCUGCUGAUCGAGAAGUAUGACCUACAAUCGAAUGCGGCCAUCAUAGCCGAUGAGAGCCACAUGCCCCUCUUCGAGGAGCUGACGAACCAGGAGUUUGUGCAGUACGCGGCGGGCGGCGCCUGCCAGAACUCGAUGCGCAUCUUCCAGUGGAUCGUGGGCAAGCCCUUUCGGGCGGCCUUCUUCGGGGCUGUGGGCAGGGAUAAGUUUGGCGACACGAUAGCCAAGCGAGCGCUAGCCGAUGGCGUCGAGACGCGCUACCAAAUCAAGGAGGAAAUGCCGACGGGCACCUGCGCCGUCAUCAUGUCGGGCGGUGAUCGAUCCGUGGUGGCCAAUCUCGGCGCCGCGGCGCUCUUCACGACGGAGUGGCUGGAUAUCGAGGAGAAUGCGUGCCUCCUGGAAAAUGCCAAGUAUUUCUAUGCCACCGGCUUUUUCAUAGCCGUCACCCCGGAGACCGUGCUCCGCGUCGCCAAGCUCUCGAGCGAGACGAACCGCUACUUCGUGCUCAAUUUCAGCGCCGUGUUCGUGCUGCAGUCGCACAGGAAUCAUCUGGACGAGAUCUUGCCCUACUGCGACAUGGUCAUUGGCAACAAGCAGGAGGCCUUGGCCUACGCCAAUAUGCACGAGUGGAACACCACGGACAUCUUCGAGGUGGGGCGUCGGCUGCAAUCCCUGCCCAAGGAGAACUGUCGGCCGCGCAUCAUCCUGAUCACCGAUGCCGUCUGCCCGGUGCUCUGCUUCCAGGAGAACGACAAGGUGCUCCAGUAUCCGGUGCCGCCCAUCGACAAGAAGUCGGUCAUCGACACCAACGGCUGCGGCGACGCCUUUGUGGGCGGCUACCUCUCGCAGCUGGUGCAGAACAUGCCGGUCGACUAUUGCAUUCGCGCGGGCAUUUUCGCCUCCCAGCAGGUGCUGCGCAUCAUUGGCGUCCAGGUCGAGAAGCUGCCCAAAUUCAACGAGUCCUGCAUUUGAGACCGUCCAAUGC